UGUUUUUCCAGCACAGAAUUAAAUGUUAGAAAAUUUUUUUUAUAUCUGAGCAGCAUAUUACAUAAGACACCAUUUUUCAGAUUAAAAAAGAAAACAUAACGAAGGUUACUAGGUUUUGAUGCAAAAUUUAAGAAGCAAGUAUGGCAAAGUGUCCAGAAGAACUGUGGCUGGUUCUGCAAGAUGCUCAGUAAAACCUACAGCUCAUUUCCUUAUAAAACUGCACGAACUGUACCUGAGGUUUUUUUUUUUUUUAAGCAAAGGGUCGUCUCAGGGGCGGCAUAGUGGUGUAGUGGUUAGCACUGUCACAGCAAGAAGGUUCUGGGUUCGAGGCCCUGGAGUUUGCAUGCUUUCCCUGUGUUCGUGUGGGUUUCCUCCAGGUGCUCUGGUUUCCUCCACAGUCCAAAGACAUGCGGGUUAGGCUAACUGGUGGCUCUAAAUUGACUGUAGGUGUGAAUGUGAGCGUGAAUGGUUGUCUGUGUUAGCUCUGCGAUGACCUAGGCGACUUGUCCAGGGUGUACCCCACCUCUCGCCCAUAGUCAGCUGGGAUAGGCUCCAGCUUGCCUGUGACCCUAUAGGACAAGAUAAGUGGCUACAGAUAACGGAUGGAUGGAUGGAUAGGUCGUCUCAUACCAAAUAUUGACUUUGUUUUAUUUAUUAUGCCUUACUGCUUUUAAGUGUUGAAACAUUUCAUUAAAUUAUUUUUAAGCCAUUUUUGGUCUACAGCAUUUCAUAAAGUUCUUCCAGUUUCAACUAUUCCAAGCUCUGGGUCUCCACACAUUACUGCACAUCAUCUCGUUGGUUUAAUGAUGGAGGUUCUGUUGAUUGAUGCAGAAACAGGUUUAAUUCUUUCCUCCCAGGGUAUGUUUAUUAAACAGGUACUGGGCCAUGCGGUUGUUGUUGGCGUCCAUCUUUGUGAGGCUGGUGAUAUGGUCUCCACCUGCUCGUUCAGGUAGUGCGACUCCAGAAAGUCACAUAGAUGAGGAUCUUCUUUAUCAGUGGCGAGCUUGUGAAGGUCCAGCAGAACCUGGUUCACCGUCCAUUUCGGCUGGUUUUAUCGUUUUCUUAAACAGACUUCAAAUACAAAUUUCUUAUAAUAAACUUAAUAUUAAAUACAGACUAAUAAAUAGAAUGAGAGGAAGAAGCCCGAACUAUCUAGUCUUUUUUUUGUUGACUUUGUCGCCAUCUGGUGACGUGUAUCCGAAUUGAUUGUAUUCUUGUAUCCAUAGCAACUUCACCGGAAGUUCCUAUAUUUGUGGGGCAAAUGAAAUGAUGGACAAGAUGAAGUGUGUGACACCACAUGAGAGAAACAACAAUAAGGGACUGUGGGACUGUCCACGAUUCAAAUACAGCAAGGACACUCAGGAAUUAAUACAAGUGAUGAUGAGAGAAGCACGGCUCACCAACUUGCAACAGCAACAGAUCAACAACCAGCUGAAGAAUGGUGGCGCCUUACCCCUGAGCUGUAAACCCACAUCAUCUAAGGCACCUGCACACCCAGAGCCAAGAGUCCAAAAACACCUACUUCUGUCGUUCAGACCACAGAAACGCAGUGCCGAGAAAUGUAGCGCCGGUGACAACUACAUCCGUGAGAGGUUCCGGCCCAGCGCAACACGAGACCUGGAAAAAGAGAAGCGCAGGCUGCAGAACAUUUUCGCUACAGGUCAGGAGGAGGAGAUGCAACCUUCAUUGUCCCACAGAAGGCCUGCUAACAAAAAGGACGACAGCGAGAAAGACAGGUUCCAGGAGGUUCUUGAUGAGAUUGAAGACCGAAGGCAGUUUUUGAAGGAGAUGGAGGCUCUUGGAAAUGGAAGAGAGUACUAUCAUAUCAUUAACACGGAGAUAUCUCAGAAAAUCCGUGAGCUAGAGCUGAUCGACAGGGCACGCAGCAAGGCGAUAAGGAUGCAAGAGGAGAAAGAUGGAGAACAGCAGUGAGGAAACAAAACGUGUUUCAUCAAUACCAGGCGAUGUUACACACACACACACACACACUUCAACAGUGCCUAUUUAAGCAUCUAAGACAGACAUGGUUUCAUAUCAUGUACAGUGUUUAUUGUAUUGCUUGCAUGAUGAACCAUUUUUUCACUGGAGUAAAAGUCAGACAUUAAGUUUAUACCUGUGUUGCUGUUGAUUUUAGUUACAAUAAUCCUUUUUGGCUCUCAAAAUUAAAAAAAAAAGUUUGCAUGGUUGUUUAAAAAAAAAAAGCCCUUGGUUUUAAAAAUUUAGAGGCACAGACUCAAAAGGACAGUAGAAUAAGGACACGACAAAAGUCAAACGGAAAUGUCAACACGUAUCGAGACAUACACACACUACAUGGACUUUCUUUAUAAAUACAUAAAACGGGACACGCUCACUUCAGGGCUCUCAAAAUUAAACCUGAAAUCCCACACUGAAACA